GUGAGGACCGGACACGGGCCCUUCGUGGGCACUGCGUGAUGUCGGCCCAAGAGCUCGUGGCCUGCCUCUGCCGGGAGGGAGACCGGCACCUGGCCCUGGGAGAGCCCCCGUUGGCCACCGCCUUCUACCUGGCUGCCUUCAGCUGCCACGCCCCCUCGGCCGUGCGGAGCGUCCGCGCUGCCCUGGCGGAGGCACGGGGGGCGCCGGUGGUGGCCACGCUCGAGGCCUGGUGCCGAGGCGACAGCCAGAUCCCGCCCAUCCACUGGGACGGUAUGGCGGUUGUGUCCCUCACGGGGACCCUGGCCUCCGCGUUCCUGGCCGCCCUCUGCCCGGACCACCCGGCCACGGUCCUGCACUCCCUGGCCGGCCUGCUGGCACACGGGCACCACGAGGAAGUGGUGCGGCGCUGUGGCAGCCUGCUGGAUGCCCACGGCCAGCAGGCCCUGGAGCUACAGCUGACCCGCGCCCUGGCCCGCGUCCUGUCCGGGCUGCAGGCGGGCGCGGGCGCGGUCGACUAUCUGCAGGCCUUUGCCUCGAACGCAGACCGGACCGUGGCCUUCGUUCGAACCCACCAGAAGCCCUACCUCCCCGUGCUGAUCGGCACCCUCCAGGACUACAUCUCAGGGCGCCGGGAGGCAGAGGACGGCACCGGCCUGCAGGAGACCGCCUGCCGGGGACUCCUGGCAGCCCUGGACCCCGGGGGCACCUGGAGCCACGCCCUGUCACCGGAAGCCCUGCUGAGCAGCGGCAGGUAUGAGGACUGCCGGGCAGCGUGCAGCCGGGCCCUGGAGUCUGACCUGGUGGGCAGCGGCCCCCAAGGUGAGCGUCUGGCCGCCCUGCUGGUCACCCGCGCGGCCGCGGCCUUAUUCCUGGACGGUGGGGCCCGGGACCUGCUUCGGGACCUGCACGAGGCCUUCCGCCAGAGCCCCUCGGGGGCGCGGAGGCAGUUCGAGGCGGUGCUCUCCGCUGGGGACCGAGAGCGCGUGCGGGCCCGGGCGCAGGAGGCGGCGGAUGUGGGCUUCGCCCACUUCCAGGAGGCCGUGCGGGGCCGCGCUGAGCUCCGCGAAAACUCGGGCCGCGAGCUGCUGGCCCCGGUGACCCGCGCGCUCCGUGUCCUGCUGCGCAUUGCGCCGCCUGGGGAGCGCCCGGCCCUGGGCGCUCGCUUGGCUGAGUGCCUCCUGCUGGCCGGGGACACGGCGGGCUCCCGGACGCUGUGCGAGCGCUGGCUGCGGCCUGCGCGCCCCGGGGACCGCGCGGACCGCGCCGGGGACCGAGCGCCCCUGUUGGCGCUGCGGGGCUUCUGCGCGCUGCACGCCGGCGACGCGCGGCGCGCCCGGGAGGACUUCCAGGAGGUGGUGGAGCACGGAACACCGCACCUGGGCAGCUGCGUGCGCGCGCUGUGCGGCCGAGGGCUGCUGCGCGUGCUGACCGGUAGCGCGUUCUUGGGCGCGCUGGACUAUGUCACCGCCAGCCGGCUGCAACCCGAGGAGGCCUUGCUCGUCGCCAAGGCCUACGUACCCUGGAACCAGCGGGGCCUGCUGCUGACCGUGCUGCGGGAGGAGGGCCGCAAGAUGCUGCAGCGGAGGCCAGACCCGGGACACAUGGGCGCACCGGGCCGCCGGAGGAGGGCCGCCGAGAUACACAGCCCCGCCGCGCAGGAAGGCGACGCCCACGGCGUGUACCAGCUGGCCAUGCUCCUCACGGAGCUGGACAGGGGAGACGAGGCUUCGGGCCUCCUGGGGGCCGAUGCCCUGUACCGCCUGGGCCGCCUGGACGACGCCCACAAGGCCCUGCUGGUGGCCCUCUCCCAGAGGCCCCGGGCGGCCCCCGUGCUGGCAAGACUGGCCUUGCUGCAGCUGAGGAGGGGAUUUUUCCAUGACGCCCACCAGCUGGUGAAGAAAGUGGUCCAGUCCGGGGACACGGCCUGCCUCCAGCCCACCCUGGACGUCUUCAGCCACGAGGACCGGCAGCUGCUGCGGGGUCACUGCCACGCUAGGGCCCUGGCCAUCCUGCGGGCGCGGCCCAGCGGGGCCGAGGGCGCGGCCCACACCAGGGAGGCCAUCGCCUACCUCUCUCUGGCCAUCUUCGCUGCAGGGAGUCAAGCAGUGGAGUCCCUGCUCAUCCGGGCCCACUGUUAUGGGCUCCUGGGCCAGAAGAAGACCGCCAUGUUUGACUUCAAUUCAGUGCUGCGGGCUGAGCCGAAGAACGUGCAGGCUCUGUGCGGUCGGGCUCUUCUGGCCCUGGCCCUGGACCGGCAGAAGGAGGCCGUGGACGACAUCCUCUUGGCUCUGAAGCUUGAUGCGAGGACAGCGGUCCCUGAGAUCCGCUCUCUGAAGCCAGAGGCCCAGGCCCUCGUCACCCGGGGCCUCUCCUCCCGCUGCCGGGCCCUCCUGAGCCAGGCGUCGGCCGCCGGGGCCCCCCUCAGCGACGAGGACGCCCAGGGCCUCAUUGCGGCCGGGGAGGCGCUGGUCGAAAUCGAUGGCGGGCAGCCGGGCUGGUACAUCCUGCUGGCGGACGUGCUCACGGCAGCGGGCAGCUACGAGGAGGCUGGCGCCUGCCUGCAGAAAGCCCCGCGGGCCACCCCCCUGUCGGCGGCAGCCCGGGCCCGGUGGGGCCUGCUCCAGCUCAAGAAGGGAGACGUGCCAGCCGCCGCGCGGGAUCUUCAGUGCCUGGCAGAGGCGGACGCCCAGGAACUCAGCUUCCUGCUGCAACUCCUAGAGGCCUCGGAGCGGCAGAGCCUCACCCAGGCUGCAGCCCGGGAAGCCCACGCCCUCCUGAACUCAGGGCAGCCGGGGCGAGCGCUGGGCUACUGCUCGCUGGCCGUCCUCGCGGGAGGCAGCGAUGCCCGUCACCUGCGCCUGAGGGCCACCUGUCUGGCUGAGCUGCAGGAGUUUGAGCGGGCACUUGAGGACCUGGACCGUGUGCUCCGGGAGGAUGGGAGGGACGGUGGCCUCCCGACGCAGGUGGAGGAUUUGUGCUCCCGGGGACGCCUGCUGCUGAGCCUGGGAGAUGAGGCCAGGGCCACGGGCGCCUUCACCCGGGCCCUCGAGCUGGCGCCCGCGCUGGCCCAGAGCAGCCUGUGGGAGCGGCCAGGCCGGGACCCCACUGCCCAAGUGUUCCUGCAUCAGGGCCAGACCUUGAUGGAGGAGCAGCGCUAUGCAGAGGCCUGGACAGCCGCGGAGAAUGGCCUCCUGGUAGACCCCGAGCACGGUGGCCUGAAGAGGCUGAAGGCGAGGGUCCGGAGAGAGGCCUCCUUGGGCUGCCGGCUCCACUGACCCCGUGCUCUCCGGGCCCGGGGCACGGGUCGCCCUGUCGCCCCCCGCCUGGGGCUCCUGAGCAGCAGGAUACCGUGGGCCUCACCCAUGUAGAUCAGACUCAGCUGGGAAGUGAGAGUCUACAGGAUCACCACGUUUCAGGUUAGCGAGAAAACGUUCGCGGUAGCGUAUGGAUAGUAUUACGUCAUCGCAAGAUGACAAAGCUGGAAGUUAAUUUUGUAAAGUUCCCUGCGGGUGACACAGCUCUCGGAUCCGAGAGGAGACCAUAUCUGAAACCAAAGGACGUUGAAAAACUAAUCCUGACAAAACGUGUGUGGAGAAGCAGCUGCCGGAGGUAGUCAGAGCAGUGCCCCGGGAAGGGGCAGGCCCCAAGGAGAUUACUAAGCAACGAAAAGAAAACAAAGUACGUGUUCCAUUCAAGGAGUCAGAAAAAGACAGCAAAACAAGGGAAGUCAGGAGCUAGGAAUCAAGGACAAAAGCAGAAGUUAAUAAAUUAGGAACAGAAGGAUAGAAGAAUCAAUAACCCUAAAACACGGUUUCUCAAAAAUAAAGCAGGUGAACCAACAGCUAACUUAGCGAGAAAGCCCAGGGUCCCUCCGCUGGGCCGCCCUGCUGCUGUCAACUCCAAAGGUCUUUAAAGUCGUUCAUGCCAAGAAAAAGAAGAAAAGCUUUCAAGUUCAUCGUUGAAGAAAGCAUAAUCUCAACCGAAAGAACGCUACAAACCAAUUGAAUUACCAGUUCCAGAAUCCUAAAUGUCAUGCUCGGCUCGGCAGCACACGAACUGAAAUUGGAACGAGACAGAUUAGCGUGGCCCCUGCACGCACUUGUCUUGCAAAAAUCCUAAAUAUCAACAAGCCCAAGUCCAGAGGCGCGUUCACACUACACCUCGAGCAACGUACACGGCAAUACGAAGACGGUUCAAGGUGGGGGACGCUACGGUCUAUCGUAGUAACCGGGCUACGGGGACACAAGUCCCGUGGCCCUUCUUGGGGGCUGCAGGGGGCAGGGUGUAUGGUCACACUGGACAGAUCCUACGCCUUUGGAUUCCUUCUGUUGUACUCGGGAAGUUCUGGCAUCUCGUCUUCCUUCAUUAGAGACCACGAGUGAGGCUUGCCCUCAGCCACGGGGACUGGCAAAACCACCGGGCACACCGUCUCCAGCGUCUGGGGGGGGGGGCGUGCCCACGGCCUUAGCGCCGACCCAGCCCAGAGCUGUGUUCCCUCCGCCGUGGCCUAACACCCUCAGACUCCGUUCCCACGCAGAAUUCCCAGGGUCCCCUGUGUGAAUUAGCGCAAUCUUGCAAUUAUCGGGGCGGGCGCAUAUGCUAUUUCCUCCAGGAUUAGACAUGGUACCCGCCCCCUCCCCCAGGAUGCUGAGAUCAGACCCCAUUUAUGGGUCUAGAGUCCCUGGGUGAGGGAGGGGGUCAUGGAGGUUGAAGAGAAUGAGCAUCCUUCUUUCUGGGCCCCUGACCCCCAUGAGGCUCUCAGGGUUGAUGAUGAAAACAAGGCUCGUCUCCUCCCACACGAAGAUGGGCUGCACCCCUGGAAAGGGGCUCGGGGACUUGGGGUUCAAAGUUCUCAGCUUCAUCUGAGCCCCCUUCCUACUUCCAGGGUCGCAUCCCUUCGCAAUCAGCGCCCUGAUUUCUCACAAGAAAGUUGACGUGUCUGUAAAUGCGACCAACUUUGUAAUUACACGGCUCACGGGAUUACCCGUCACGUUUGACAUUUAGCAGCACUGGCCCGUGCUCGUAACCGCGUCCUCUCAGGGCCGCCAUGGAGCCCCCUGACUCCCGGGCUAUGACCUGAGCUGGUCAUUUUCUUCCUGUGUGUGCUCCAGGACACUCAGGAGAGCCCACCCCCUGCCACAGUCCCUGCGGCCACCAUCACUGCAGGAACGGCCACGCGCCACAGCGCCUGGGCUCCCACGCCCCCUGAUUCAGUGGGUGCGUCACAACCACCACGGUGACCGCUCCAUCACCAUCAGUCGUGAAGCCCCUGCACACCGCAAGUCUCCCUUCCCGACGAGCCUGGCCGUGCAGACAGGCCCAAGGACACGACCGAGCCAGGCCCCAGAUCUGUCUUUGUGGGUCUGGUGGCAGGGACCACUCUUGGUACCAAUUUACGUAUCAGUCAGGGUCCACUCGAGACGGAAACCACACCAGUGAUCGCAAUGGCGAGGGUUUAAUAUAAAGCAUCGCUAAUUAGCUAAGAAGGUGGCAGUUAUGUAACGGGCAGAACCCUAGGGACCGUGGAAGCAGCAACCACAGAGUUCAAGACGGACGAGCAGCCUCUCCGAACAGGCUGCCGUCUGUCACCCACAACCCCCGCUGGGUGACCGAGCUCCCCUGUGCGUGCCCCGUGCCCCGUGUGCUAUUUGCCGACCACACCUUUGCGCCUGGCACAGACCAUCCGUUCUCUCAGACUCUGUGACGGCUCUUCUAGGUGAGGGGACUGGCUUGGUGGCUCAGUGACAGAGACCAGGGGCAGUCAGAAGCCAGCCCCUUCCCUCCUGUGCGGGGGACCCAAGGCCUGUUGUCAGGAAGCAGCUGUCAGGGAGGGUGUGGGGGUGCUCCCACAGGCCGGGCUCUCACCGGAGCUUUGUGAGUGCUCCGGGAAUGUCCUCAACUUCCUCCAGCCCGAUUGUCUUCUCUGAGCAGGGCGCCUCGCGCCUGUCCACAGCACGGGUGGGCAGACCCGCGGGGAGAUCCGAUCCCUGCCCUGCAGAGGCCCAGAGACACCUGCCAGGUGGGGCCGGGCUUCGUGCAGAGGACAGGAACCGCCCCAGACGAUCCUGCCCGAGAGCAGGGGUGGCGACAGUCAAGGGCAGGUCUUAGACCUGCCCUCGUCCCAGGGCCGAUGAGGGAGGUGGUGCCCACCCCCCCCCCCAUGGGAGCCUGGGUCUCCAACCCCCCAUCUCCCAUCGUUUGCCCAAGAUGCAGGCAGGGGUGAGCAGGGAGCCCCCACUGACCCCCGAGCUCACCUAGGAAAAAGGCUUAAAUCCACCCUCCAGACUGUCCUGGGCACGAUAAGAUGGGGGCUGGGACUCUGCACCCAGGACCUGGCCGGGCUGGGGGUCUGUAGCUCCCUGCCCUGUGGAGCCAUGGCUUCCCUUGGCUGCCAGGUACCCGAGCACCGCCUUGCCAGCCCUGCCAGAUGGUGUCGGCCUCAGCACCACGCCCCGCUGUCCCCUGGCUCAUAGCUUCUGGACAGCUGCAGACAGAACCCAUGAACCGGCAGCUUGGGUGGGAACGGCGGGCUGGGCUCCGGCCAGCAGCCAGCGUCUGCAUCCCGGCGGCCUUGGUGGCGGGGUAAGAGGUGGUACUCUGGCUGGACCGUGUCACCUGUGGGGUCCCCAGGGCCGUCAUGCUCUGGGAAGGAGCUUCGAGCUGGCCGAGCUGGCCCCCGGCCCGCCUCAAGGCCCCCGGGAUGGGCAGUCCCCCGGCGGCUCACUCCCCUGACCUUGACCUCGUGCCCUUCCAGGCCAGCAGCCCAGGUGCCCCAGGCUGCCGGCUCCUCGCUCUGCCUGGGUUUCCGGCCUUCAGAUGGGGUGGGUGCCGGGAGACAGACCAGACAGGGGGGUGAGGAGAGCCUCGCCCGGGCAGUGGGGGUGGGGUCAGCUA